UCUGUUUGGUACUCCAGUCACAACAAAGCAAGCUGGCUGCUGGAGCCAUAAAGACUGAACCUCGACCUCAGCUGUGCAGUCACCGUUCCAGCUUAACAAUGAUGGAUCUGCAUAAGGUGUGUAAAUUCCAGCCUCGUCAUCCUAUGCUUUCGUCUUCCUGGAAAAAAGAAGAAGAAGAAGACGACAGGAAGUGUUCCUGUUGCUGUUGACGAGCACGGGCGUGAGUUAACGGAGUGCGGAGAUUUCGAGGGAUAUCUGUAACGAUGGAAAUGGAUAUAAGUGGAGUAUCCAGGACACGUGUCUCCAUUCUCCCUACAACUGACAUCAAAGCCACAUUGAAACCAGAAGCAGAGAGACCUCGCUGUUCCAGCACCCCAUGUUCACCAAUCAGAGGUACUGUUGCAGGAUACCAGAUUCUCCACAUGGACUCAAACUAUUUGGUGGGCUUCACCACUGGUGAGGAGCUGCUCAAACUGGCCCACAAGUGGUCAGAAGGUAAUCCUGAGAAGGCCCGUGUAUCAGAUGCAGUGUCCAGCUCCAUCAAGAGCACAGUCCCGAAGUCUGUGGACCUGGGCAUCCACCGGUCUUCACGUAUUUUCAAAGCCAAAGGCCGGUACUACCAACCAUACGACAUUCCUGCUACUAAUGGACGAAGACGAAGGCGUAUGCCCAGUUCGAGCGACACCUUCCUCAGAUCUCUGGCCCACGGCGAGUCUGGGAGGGCUCUGCAUGCUCCACUACCACUCUGUUUGCUUAAAAGUAAAGGUACCCAGUCCAAGUCUCUUGACUACCUUAAUCUGGACAAAAUAAGUAUCAAAGAGUCAUCAGACACUGAAGUGCUACAAUACCAACUGCAGCACCUCAACCUACGAGGGGAGCGUGUGUUUACCAGAAACAAGACAUGAAAGCACAGUGAAACUUUUUUAGAUGUAUUUCAUCCUCUGGGGUAUUUAGGUGCUAUUUCUAGACUUGUUUCUUUCUACUAUGAUUAUAAACAGUUCUUUAAGGAGACAGUCUGAUGAUAAUCUUGUUAUAUUAUUAGUUGGGAGGUUUACCUUGUUCUGUAUGCUUAACAUUAUGAGGUUGUUGAGGUUAAAAAAAUUGAAUUAUAUAAAUUUAGCAAUAACUGAUGGACCUAUUUAUUGACAGUUUUUAUUGGCAUUGUUGUGUGUUUGUAAUGGUUGGAUACACACUAUUAUACCAGCUUAUAGCUGAGAAAGCACAUAUCACAUACUGUAUCAGCUUUAAAAUGCACCGUUGACAUCAGUACAAUAGUUUUACUGUGACUGUUCUUGUUUGUUUGACAUUAUGGAACUGCAUUUGGAGUUUUCAAAUUAACAAUAUAAUGUUAUUGUAUGUUGCACAUUUAUUUACGUAUUUAUUUAUUGAUGUAGUACUGUUGGUUUAGAUGUUAAUAUGAUUUCCACGCUCUAAUUUACAGUAAUGUAAGUAAAUCAAUUAAAAACAAAAAAAACAUGCCA